UUCGUGAUGAGUGGUGGAUGUUAAACAGCGUCGCGGUAAAAUAUUUCGAAUUAAAAUUCGUUUUACAAAUUAAGUAUAGUGUUGAUACAAUACGUAAGCCCGAAUCGUGUUGAUAAAAUGAGUGAAAAGGUGUGAUUUAAUUAUUAAACAAUAAGUAAAUAGCCGUUGUGCUCUCGUGAAAAUGAAUGGUAAAAUGCAUAGUGAAACUACCACUUUCUCGACUGACGGCAUGCGUGCCCAAAUAUUAAAUCCAUUUGUCCACAAAUUGGAAUUGGACAACACGUACGAUAAAAUACGGACUGCCAUCUUCACCGUGAUCCUAUUACCCUUUCGGGUCAUAGUGAUAUGUUUCCUGAUAGUCACCGCGUGGUUCCUGGCGUGCAUAGGGCUCCAUAGACUCACUGAGGACGACCUGAGGGAGAAACCCAUGACCGGGUGGAGGAGCAAGCUGCGCUUCUCGAUUCUCUCUCUCAUCCGCUUGGUGGUGGUAGCGGCUGGUUUCCAUCGGGUGCGGGUGUUGGGUCGCCAGUACGUGCCGUCGAACCGGAGGGAGGCCCCUGUGGUCGUGAUCGCGCCACACUCCUCGUACUUCGACGCCAUUGCCAUCGUCUGCCUUGGAGCUCCCAGUGUGGUCGCUAAGGCGGACACGGCGAGACUGCCCUUUAUAGGACAGUUAAUAAACUACACGCAGCCGGUAUAUGUGUGGCGCGAUGACCCCAACUCGCGGCAGAACACCAUCAAGGAGAUCAUCGAGCGCGCCACGUCCAAGGAAGACUGGCCACAGGUGCUCAUAUUCCCAGAAGGCACGUGCACGAAUCGCUCGUGCUUGAUCACGUUCAAGCCGGGCGGAUUCUACCCCGGCGUGCCCGUGCAGCCCGUUACCAUCCGCUACCCCAACGCGCGCGACACCGUCACCUGGACGUGGGACGGGCCUGGCGCGUUAAAACUGCUAUGGCUGACGUUAACUCAAGUGCACAGUUCGUGUGAGAUCGAGUUCCUACCUGUGUACUACCCCAAUGAGGAGGAGAAACAGGAUCCGAAGCUUUACGCGAGGAACGUCAGGGACGUCAUGGCCAAAGCGCUGGGCGUGCCUGUACUAGACUACACGUACGACGACUGCCGUCUCAUCGCGCAGGCAAAGCAGAUGGGUAUCCCGGGUGGCGUGGCCGUCAGGGAGGUCAGCGAGCUUAGGUCGUUGCUGGGUUUGUCGCGGUCGCAGCCGGAGCUGGAGCUGGCGCGCGCGGGCGUGGCGCAGCGCUGGCUGUCGGCGCCGGAGUUCGCGCAGCGGCUCGGCGCGCCGCUCGACUCGCGCACGCAGCGCCUCUACAAGAUAUUCGAGAGUUACGACACCGGCUUGGUGUACUUCCCCGACUACCUGAUGUGCGCCGUGUUCCUCAGCAUGCAGCACGCGCCCGCUAGCCAGCUGCUACAGUACGCUUUUAAGCUUUACGACGACACGGGCACGGGGCGGCUCAAGAUGCACAACUUCGAGGAGGUGGCGACGCGCUGCUUGGGGCUCGCGCACGAGGAGGCGCAGAACAUGUUCCGACAGGCCGACAUGGACGACAACGGGUACCUCACCUACGAGGACUUCAUGACGUUCUUUGAAAACAAAUCGGACUACUCCCUCAGUUUCGUAGAGGCGCCACUGAAGCCGAAAGCUCAGUGAGGGUCGCAGGUUCACAUCCCGACCGUCUGCAGUCAAGUAACUUAGCGUUAUAGUCAUACUUAGUACAAUCCAAAUACUAGUGAUCUUUAUAAUUAUUUGAAGCGAUUUACAAGAGCCUUACAUUUGACUUUUUCGAUAAACAAUCAUUUUUCAUCAAUUUAAAAAAAGAUAUAAAAUCAAAAUUUUUCAAGAUAAGCGUUUUCGUAGACAGAAAAAGUAAUAGACGAAUAGGCAGCAUCCGUCACAUUCGUUAACCGCUAUUUGCAAUUCGUUAACCGUUAUUAUUCAGACACAACAAAUUUGAAAAUUGACAUUCAGUAACAGAUUUUUAUGCUUUUAUGAAAAAAUAUAAAUAAACGUAGUGUGAGCACAAAAUUGAACCCUUAUUAUUCAAUUAACCAGAUAUCUUAAUUUAUUAUGUUGGAAAAAAUGGUUCAGUGUAGUGUAUUGUAUUGUAGUAAUUGUCAUGUGAAUAUCACGUCAAAAUCAAACGUCUUCGCCUUUGAACAUACUUGUUUACUAUGUUUUCUUCUAUUUUCUUUGUUAUUGUUCUUUUUGUGCAAUAACGGUUAAAUAAAUACAAAUACAUGUAUAAAAAAACAUUUAACUUAGAACGGCACGCCAAUAAGUCGUCUAUUUGUUUCUUUGUCUACGGGAAAUCUAUUUGUCAUUAUUAUUUAGCAUUAAUGGCUUAUAGCUCGUUGAAAUAAAUUGUUGGUAAAAAUCGGGUCAAAUAGAACAUUGCUCACGUUUGAUUUUAUUAAUAGCGAAAAUUAAAUAUUAUUAUUAAACGUAGGGUAGUUUAUUAGUAUUAGAUAUUUCUGCAGACGUAGGGACUGUGAAUAGUUUCUGGAGAUAAUUUUAGUGUAUUUAGAUGAUAAUCUGACAGGUAUGUUGCGAAUUAUGUUUGAAUUGUUGUAAACAUUGAAAUUAAUAUAUUCUAGUAAUAGUUAUUAUAUAAAUCCGUGGGGAUCGAACCCACGACCUCUCGGCAUGAUGACCUAUUGAGGCUUCAUAUUGUAGGAGUAUUAUAGAGGAUGAGACAGUAUUUUAAUUUAUACAUAGUAAGAGGCGACUAUUGAACGAAUUUUGUAUUUUGUCUAUUCUUCCAUUUUUGUUAAAGUUAUUAGUGCAUUAAGUUCGAUCAACAAUCUAAUAUAAACAUAAUAUACGUUUCUAAACAAAACAUAAAGACCAGAGUUUUACGCCAGUGGGUAAACCUUGAUUUUACGCAUCGAUUACGAGCAACAAAAACGAGUUUUCCGUGCUUGUAAGAUGAAAAAUAAUUUAGAAAUGUUUGUACAAAAUUAAAUGAUAAUAUUUAUAUUGCUUUGAUGUUAUUUUGUAUUAAAUUGUUAAUCGAAGUAAUUUUAACAUCAUAGUGAUUCCCAAAACCAUCAAAAGAAAUAUUGUAAAUAGUAAAUCAUAAACAGCGCUUCCUUAUAAAUAUAGCUUUGGAAAGCCAUUCUAUAAAUGUGAUAAUUUUAAGCGAACGUAGGUAUGUGUAAUAUAUCGUCACUUUUUAGAAGUAAAGAUGCUAUUUGAUGUUAAGUAUUUAUUAAAAUGUAAACUAAAGCCAUCGAGACGAGAUAUAAAGAUCUUGGUUUUAACCAAAAACUACAUAAGAACAGAAAUCGUAUUUUUAUUAGUAGUUAAAUUAGCAGACGCGAAAAUUGGUCUACCCGUUUCAGAGACUAGCCUGAUCAAAUAAACAAACAUUUUUGUACAAACAGAAACUUUAAUUUAAUUUGUUGCGAAGCUGCGACUUCGUGAUCAGAAGAAUACAAAAAUUGUGGUAAAAAAGCUUUUUAAUUUAAAAAAAAAAUGUAAACACCAUGUAACGCCACUUGGUUUAACGACAAACUCGCUAAAGCGUCGACAUCACAUGACUUUGAUUGCUUUAGCUUGCCUUCCAUUACAAUGAUAUACUCUUUAAAGCGUUACACCCACUCUCUAUAACGACAACAAUUAGUAAUAAAAAGUACAUUAUAAGUGGCCAAAAUUAGUGAAAACCGCGCAGCUGUGAACGUUCUUUUGUCGUUUUAUUAUCCUAGCCCGUAAUAAACUUGAUUGUCGGCAUCAUGCAAAAAGCUUUCUAAGCAAUUUGCUCGUUUGUUUACAAAUUGGGAUCGGAUGUGUACACUGUUCUUGACCAUGACUAAUAAAUAGAAUUCAUGGACUUAAUACGUCAUUUAUCAUAUUUUUAGUUGUUAACAAAGUUUCAAACUGUAAACAUGGAUAGUAGAAGAAACGACAACUCCCAAACACAAAUUGUACGGUCCCUUUAGUGUCGUUAUAUAGAGUGUUCACUGUAUAUGAAAGAAUCAACAAAAUAUUUUUAACGGUAUAAUAAUUUAUUUAUUUAUCUUCUUUAUUUCAUCUCGAUGGCUCUGCUUUAUCAAUUAACAUAUAGACCGAAGCUUUACAAGCUUCAUAGAGUAUUAUGUAUAUAGUUGGCUAUGAUUAGACACACUACACACAGCCGACGCGGCGAGGUGUGGCGUCGUGUGUUAUAAGUGUGUUUCUGCCUUAAGAGUGAAGUAUUCUAAUUAAUAAAGGUAACAAGGUUCUUCCCCUCCACAUAGCCUUAAAAUGGGGGACAUCUGUGGAGUUUAUAGGAAAACCAUAAGUGAGUCCUGGCAUGCAUAGUGUAGGGGUUGCGGGGUAUGACGUCAGAGGCUCGGACUAAUUACAUAAGGACCAGCCAUGCUAGACGUUACUUUUCUGUCAAAGUAUAUGAUCAACGAUUUUAUGCAAUUAUUAAAACUGUCUCUAUAGAAUCAAUGUUUCAUAGUUGUAAUCGUGUUCGUCGGUUAAAGAGCUUCGUAAAAAUAGCUUUUUGUGGUGUAAAACACGGUCAACAACUUCUAUUUUUGUAUAAGAUAAAGUAAUCUAAGCUCAUUUUCCUUUAAAAUGAUAGACAAUUCUGUUCGUGAAUUUGGGUGCGAAACCAGUCUUUAUGUAAUUAGUCUGAGCGUCAGAGGGGAUCCGCCGUGCGUACGUGCAUGCGUGCAUGCGUGCGUGCGUGUGAGUGCGUGCGUGUGCGUAUGUGUGUGUGAGUAUGUGUAUUUGUCGUUAGUUUAUUUCGUUACGUGGCGAUGGAUGCCAGUUUACUCUGCCGUAAGCGGCAUAAAAUACCCCGCACCAUGUACUGCGCAUUCGAUGACUCACUUGCGCUUUGUCUAUAGAGGUUUUGUUGUUUACCUCCACUUUAAUACUCAGUGUAUAAAUAUGUAUAGGACAAAUACAUUUAUAAAUAUGUACUGCAAGUGAAACUUCUUUGGAUUUAAAGUAGGGAUUAAAAUUGAAUUGUCGUUUAACCAAAAACUACCAAUUUAAGUUUGCAUUGAUGACAACUGCGGAACCCUACACUGCGUAUGGUCCGACACGCACUUGGAGUCUUGGCAACCGAUUCUAUGAAUACAUUUUAUGAACUCUGGCAGUUCAUAAAAUGUAUUUAGAGCAGUUAUUGAAUUUAUAUUUAAUAAAGUUUUUCUUUCCAAAGAAAUUUCACUUAUAAAAGAGUAUUAAAAUUUGUAUUACAAUCUCUUAAUUAGUUAGUAGUAUUUAUGUACCUUUAACUUAAGUAUUAGCUUAUUUAUUUAUUUAUAUUUACUAUAUUUUAUAGGUAGUUAAUCGGUUACUUAAAUCUGCAUUGAAAUAAUUAUCUUCCACAUACUGCUAAAUAAGUUGAUUAUUGAAAAAAUGCAUUCCAAAAAUACAUAAUUAUGUAAUUUAUUAAAGUUUCAUUGAGUGAAAGGAAAUUAAUAAUUACUCGUAUGUUACUUAUUUUCAAUUAAUGAUAAUUAUAAAUGUGAUUGAAAUUUUUUUGGAGUUUUCCACAAAAUAUCCAAUGAAGUACUGCCAGGCUAAUUUACCUUGUUAUUGGUAAACAAGAUAAUGAUUAAUGAGUAUGGUUCACCAAUGAGUCCUUAACUAGUCGGCAUUGUUCCGACAAGAACCUAAUAGUUCAUUGUAAAAAAAUGCCGGUUUUAAACUUUAGUACUUAAAUUAUUUAUUUGGCCAAUUAGAAAUUAUAAAAACGUAAGAAUGAAAGAAAAAAGAAAGCGAUAAGCGUUCACUUUGCGUCCGAAUUUUUUUCAAUUGUUUUUUAAGAAUUACUCAAGUCUUAAGACUUUAAACGUAACCAAUCCCACAUUCCUCUCCAACUAACUGAAAACCUGUGCCGGGGGUAAGAAAAUACUUAGACGGGUGGGAUGAUAAUUGGUCUUAACGUCCGGAUGCAGUAUAAAAACAUAGACGUACCUUAAAUGUCUCGGUCUUCGCUUAUUUAUGAGAUUAAGGUGAUUGCACAUUACUAGAAGAGCCGCACUUAUAAAAAUUGCACAGAGAGUGAGAGUGCACAGAUUUGUUGCCUAAGGCAUGCAUUGCACAGAAAAAUUAUACUAACAAAUUAUUCUAUAUAAGUAUAGAAAAAAAAUAUGAUCAUCUUUAGUGUAUUUUAUAUUAUUAUCAUUCACACACAAAUGCUUGUGUUAGGUAGUGGAUAGUAUAACAUUUCACACAGUGCUCAGGUAGUACAAAUCAUGGUCAUGGAUCUUUAGACAGUGAUCCAGGAUUAUUUAUGUUUUUAGGGGUUUCACUACGCAGCCAACGAGGACAACGAUAAAUAUAUAAAUUAAAUAUAAUAUAUGUAUUUAUUUUUUUGUUUGUCUUCUUUAUGCUAUAAAACCGUUCUUGUCUGCGAUGAAAUUUAGUAGUAGUGCGGUUGUGCAUAAAUUUUCAAAGGAUUAUAACCAAACCUGAAGUACCUAUCCAGUUCUUUACUAAAGAUCGUAGUUUUUAAACCAUAAUUUUUAUCAUUAUAUUAUCUAUUUGGAGAAUUGUAUAAUAACAUAAAACGUAAGCGAUCUAUAAGUAAUGUGCGAUCACUGUUACUCGAAUGUAUUGUUAGCAUUCCUUUGUUAUUUGUUUUUAAUGUUAUUGUACCAAGACGUAUUAUCUUUUUUAUAAUAAAAUUUUUGAAAUUA